AUGGAGGCGUCAGUUGGGAUGUUUACAGGCAUGGAAGGGAAGCUAAAGAAGAAAGGCGUCAAGGCCAAGGAAGCCUCAAACCAGAGAGUCUACGAUAAAGAUGGAUACAGGAGACGUGUAGACUGUUUACUCUUUAGAAAUUCAAAGAAACAAGAAGUAUUGUUGGUGUCUAGCAGGAAUCAUCCUGAUCUUUGGACUAUUGCUGGCGGUGGUAUAGAGCCACUGGAAACACCAGCACAAGCUGCAGUAAGAGAAGGACAUGAAGAAGCCGGAGUCACUUGUGAAGUAAUAAGUAGUAUAGGAGUGUUUGAGGAUAAAGAGAGAAAGACAAGAACUGAAGCAUUCUCUAUGCUUGUGACGAGCGAAGCAGAGGAUUACUUGGACAAAAAUAACUGGGGAAGGUCAAAGAAAUGGUUCUCAGUCAAAGAAGCAAUAGAGAUUCUUAAUAUGAGACAAAAGUACGAUAAGAUGGCAUAUUUCGCACUAGCUGGGUGUGAAAACUAA